UUGUCAUAUGAUUAGUGGUUGAGAUAUGGAGACCUUAUUGUAUAUUGCUGUAACCCUCUAUCUCUUCAUAAUCCCAUUUAAACCUCAGAUUUUGUCAUCACUUCUCAUUAUAACCAUCAUCAUCACACUCCAUAAUCAUAAUCAUCAUCAUCAUCACUUCUUUUCUUCUCUAAACCAUUAUCCCUUUCUCUUGUUUUUUUCCUUCUGUUCCCUUUCCCCUUUCAACCCUACACUAGCUACAUACAUUUCAACCCCAAUUCAUCAAAUAAAAAACCCUAAUCUCUCUUUCUCUCUCCCUGUUAUAUCAACAAGACACAAGAAAUAGACAUGACCUCAAGAAACAUAGAUGCAGAUUCUCAAACACCACAAUCAAAACAACAAACCAACAUUAAUAAUAACAUAACACCAACAACAACAACCUUAAAGUCUUCUUCACCUUUCACAAACGGAACAAAUAAACGCCACUACACAACCAUCACUACUCCACCACCGCCACCACCACCGCCACUUUCAUCUAUGAGUUAUUCUUACAAAGAAUGUCUCAAAAAUCAUGCUGCUUCUUUAGGUGGACAUGCUCUUGAUGGAUGUGGUGAAUUCAUGCCAUCGUCAUCAUCAUCUAUUAAUCCUAAUGACCCUAGAUCUCUCAAAUGUGCUGCUUGUGGUUGCCACCGUAAUUUCCACCGCCGUGAACCACAAGAACACAUCAUCACCACCACUGCUGCAACCACCACCGCCACUCCCACCAACAACAACAAUUACCUUAGCUGCAUCUAUACAACCCCAUCAACAACAGUCCCACCACCACAACCACCACCGCCAUUACAACUACCACACCGUGGACCCAUUAGUCAAAGCACAAGCCCAAGUCAAAGUACAAGCCCAAGUCAAAGCCCAAGCCCAAUUUCAAGCCCAUCUUCACCACCACCACUCUCACAUGUACCACCUUCUUAUCAUUCUUCAGCACCACACAUGCUCUUAGCACUUGGAAAUCCUUAUUCAACAGUAACACCACCACACUCCGAUCACGAUCAACACCACCACCACCACCACCACCAAAGAAAUCUCAAUUUUGCUUCAUCUGUUGUUAAGCUUGAAAACAACAACAACAUCAACAACAACAACAACAACAACAACAACAACAACAACAACAACAACAACAGCAUCAUCAACACAAGUAGUGGGAAAAAGAGAUACAGAACAAAAUUCAGCAAGGAGCAGAAAGAUAAGAUGCAUGAAUUUUCUGAGAAAUUGGGAUGGAGAAUGCAAAAGGGUGAAGAUGGAUUAGUUCAGAAAUUCUGCAAUGACAUUGGUGUUUCAAGAGGAGUAUUCAAAGUUUGGAUGCAUAACAACAAGAAUAAUAGUUUGAGAAAGAGAUCAGAAUCUGAUGUUGGAGUUGGAAUUGCUACUCAAGGUGAUGAUGAUAACAAAAACAAUCAUGAUAAUGAUAGAUCCAACAAUGUGAUUCAUAUGAAUCAAGAUGCUUGUGUCAAUGUUCGUGUUGUUUCUUCUGUUGAUGGUUUAUCUUCUUAAUUAAUAAUUAUUAGUUUUUAAUUUUCCAGAAACUUAUUAGAUAAAUGGGAAUUAAUUAAGCAGCUAUUAGAUAUUUCAUUUUUGUUUAUUAA